AUGGAUGUCUCAAGCUUGGAGAACACCAUACGAGUCUAUGGUAUCCCCAUCGACAGACACACCCUGCAGGCAGCCCUCGACGACCCAGAGCACGGCACCGCUUUCACUGAAUGGGCCCGCCUUCAUCUCGGCCCUGAUAAUCUCCUAUCCAGAGACGAGCUCGUCUUGUAUUCAAGCCUCGACAAGUCAGGCCAGAUUGACAAACUUGUCGCGUCUCAAGACUUGGCCUCCGUUCAAGCUUUUAGCGAGCGCGAGAUCCAAACCGCCAUUGAUGAGCUGAACCGGUCCACUGCCGCCAUUGUAAAGCAGACCGAGACUUUGAAGCAGCAGCAAGAUGCGUUGGCGAAGCUGGUCAAGAGCAGCGCCAAGGUGGAGGAGGCACGGUCUGAUCUCGUCUUCCAGCGAAGCCAGAAACACAACUCGGAGCGUAAAAAGACAAUGACAUCGGUUGAAGAGUUAUCCCAGAGCCUCGAAUACAAAACCUCGGACCUCGAGCAGCAGUCCCAGGUCGCUAGCAAAGACCUUCAAAAGACGUUGGAUAGCUUGCUGCAUUCCGACGAUAAGCUGCUGCUCAGCUUGCGCAAGCUCGGUCUCGAGCUCGAGACGGAAGAUCCAGAGGACCGGGAAAACAUCGAAAAGCUUCGGGAGAUCUGCAUGAGAUUAAUCAAAUACACCGUUGAAACGGUGCGCACCAAGCUAGAUCGCCUCUAUCUCGAAGCGCUCAGCUCUGCCCACCACAAUGGUGUGGCGUCACACCCCUCAGACGACGUCAAGACUUCGCAGGAAGAGCUUGAGUCGCUCUACGCAGAGAUCCUCCCCGUAGCUCAGAUGUCGGUCGAGCAACAGCACCUCGAACCCGCUCUCAAAUCGCUGUCCAGCCAGAACGGGCAAUCAUUGCACCGUUCGGCCGCGGCCGUCGUCUAUAUCGAUGAGUGUCUAGAUUACCUCCUUGACCACAUCGAGCGUCUCUCUUCUCGCAUCGAGGCCUUCCAAUCUCAUCAGAUUGCAACCACGAGCCUUCUCACCACUGCCCGUGCCGAACUUUCCGCCCCCGUAUCAACCCCGAAGACAAAGACCCCGGCACAAGACCUCGCCUCCCCCAUCCGCCGCCGCAACACGGGUCCAGGAUCCCCCACCCGCAACCGCUUCAACUCAAACCGCGGCCGCCGCUCAUCGGGCUUCAACGAGCCACCCCUCGAGGCCCUUCUCCGUUCCCUCGCCAUCUCCUUCCCCGAAGACGCCACCGACGGUGCCCGCCAGACGGCUAUUCUCUCCGCGACCCUCGCCGAGAAGCAGGCAAAGGCUCGCGACGUGGCUCGUAACACGCAGGAGUCGCUCGAGAGCGCGGCUGCGUCACAGCUCGCGGAUGCGAGGCUUGCUGUGCAGCUUCUCCGGGACAGCUUGCUGGCCGAGAGCCCUUUUGGGGACGUGCGACUUGUGGACGAGGGGAUUGAGGCUUCGAUCGCCGUUUUGGGGCAGGAGAUCGAGAGGGUCAAGGAGAGGAUUGAGAGGGUCGACGCCGGCAAGGCGAGGCAGAGGAGCGAGAGAAAGAGGGAGAUCCUGGAGCGAUGGGGGCAAUGA